AUGGCGGGAUACCUUCCGGUCAAGCCAAAUCCCCUUGGCUGGGGAUCCAUGAAAUCACAUUGGUGGCAGUUUGUCUUCAUUGGAGUCUUAUUGCUCACCAUCGCGAUUGGCUCGGCCUCCAUUAUAUACUCUGGAACGAGAAGAUUAAUCAAAUACUACAAGUCGAGACCGCUACCGGACGUUGUAUCUUCGAGCGUCUCCAACCGCCUUACCACGCUAUCGAACCGUGAGCUGAAUCUAGUCAACCUCCCUCUGCGCAAAGGCAAACCCGCGAAUUUUGGAGUGUACCUGGGAAGCUUCGAAAACCCACCCACUGCUUCGCAGGAAAGACUUCUGCAAGAAUGGGAUGUCUUGAUUGUGGAUCCCCUCCAAACCGGUGUUGCCAAAGCUAUCUCGAGGCAUCAGCCCAGCCAAUUCCUGGGCCGCGUGGAUUUUGCGAAACUUGUGUCGCCCAAAGAAUCUCCAUUGAGGGUCGUUGAGAAGGUUGAAGAGCUGCUCGCAAGCUGCUUCAACGAAACGGCCUUCGCUGGUAUCUUGUUUGCUAACUGGGAGGAUGUACUUCGUCCGACCGCUCGGAGAAAGCUAUUCGAGGCAAUCACCAGCCUCGGCUUGGCGGUUUAUCUCGAGACAGAGGGCCCAACUUUCUUGAAAGACCGAAAGGCCGUUCAAAGCGACGCUGUGGCUGGUCUGGUCAUUCGCAAUGCCAGCAUCAUGGCCCAGGGCGAGAAACGUGAUUAUUUCCAAAUGAGCGAGCUGCAGGCGACCAUCAAGGCCUUUGUGUCUGAAUCGUGUAUGAGGGACUUUGUGGUUAUGGCUUGGGAGACUGUGGACGAUGAAGUAACCAUUCCCAAUGCCAUCGUCCGUCGAUCUAUUCAGUGGUGCGGUUUCUACAGCGCCAUCACAUGGAUUGGCCCCGAAUCUGCUCUUCACAAUGCCGAUGCCAAUGUCUCGACUCUCGAGCCUCUUCCUGCUUUCGGUUGGCUAAAGGAGGCAGAGAUGAUGAAAGCCCACGACACUUGGCGCGCCAACCUGAACAUCAUGCCUUCUCCGGAUGCCAACGAUGGCUGGGAAGUUCUCAAGCCGCUCUUCCCUGCCGUUGACGCCUUACUCGAGUCCUCUGAAUUCGAGUCCAAGGCGCCCGAUAGUCCCAAUGCACGACUCCGUGAUCCCCCAGAGUGGGUUGCACAGGUCAAAUCUCAAGGCAGUCCACUCUCGAUCUCGAUGUCCGGAUUGGCCUAUAACUCCCUCGGUUGUUUCCCUCUCGGAUCUGACGCCACGCCACUGGCUUUCGCAGAAAUCGUCCAAUCUCAGCAACGUCUCAAGUCGCUCAAUCUGCUUCACCCUGUUCCAACGACGAAGAUUCAGAGCAUCGGAUCUCUUUUGCGACAAUUCUAUGACUCUUUGGAUCUCUCUCGGGAUGAAAACCAUCUGUCGAGCACAAUUAGGGAGCUCGCUCACUGGGCAUCCAACGACAUGGUACACGUGAACCUCGCGCUCGAUUCUGGUCUCCGUAAAAGCUCUGAUGUCCGUUUCUGGUCUGUUUUCGAAAUGGAGAGCGAUAGCAUCGAGAUCUAUGUCUCCAAGAAUGCGCAAGGUCUGGCUGGAACGAUUCUCCACACUUUCCUCUCAGCCAAAGGAUUCCCUCGCCAUGUUUGCUUUGAUGCGGAAGCUACCUUCGCAACUUGGUCGCAGGAUGUUUCCCCCGAAACUGGUCUGCCUCGUCGCCUGAUCCAGGAUAUCGACUGCCUGAGCCCCGAGGAGCGUCUGUUGCUCUUGCAGCAUUUGUCUCUUACUGACGUCCACAGUGAUCUGUCUGACUCUCUCUGCGCAUACAUUCACAAACAACUCGUGGAUGCUCCUUCGUUCUCUCAGUUGAAGGCGCUGAACACAGUUGGGUAUCUCGGACAGACCACUUCUCCGGAGGAAUUGAUUCGAUCACGGAUCGAAUGGUAUUUGGAGCAAGGAUGCAAGCACCCCUCUCUCGACGUUUCUCUCAGUCUCUUCCACCAAGCCGACCACGUUCUCUCCGAUGUCCUGAGAUACCGCCGGGAAGAAGAUCUCGCUGCUAUCACUCGAGGCCUUUGCUCUCUUAUCCAGGGCGGCUCUGUUGACGCCUAUGUGGAUAUGAUGGCACUUGCGCUAUUUUGCGCUGCGAGAAAGGGUGCCUUCGAUGAGAUCUACGCUGAAGUCACGGAUCGAAACCCCCUGUUCAACAAUCACUCGGAUCAAGCCGCCGCUUUUGCCGAGUCUUUCGCCCUUGGAUCGCGCUGUGAAGCAUACUUUGAUGUCUCUCCGAGUGUUUUUGGAAAGUUGCUCUCUGAUCGAUUCCGCGCUUACUACGGAGACCACCAGCCCCCCAACUGGGCCAAUGGUGCUCCUCAGCUUGCUACAUCUUAUGCAGGAGCGCAGAUUGAUGUCAACCCUGAUGAACAGCCCAAGACCAUGCGUGGCUACCAGCGUUUUACCUUCCUCAGUGUCUUCGCCAUUCCGGCUUUGAUCGAUAUUAUUCUUCUCACCAUGAUUGGUCGUGGUCUUUAUCUCUCUGCUGCGAUGUCUUACGAAGAACAGGACAGUGCCACCAUGGCGCUGAUGAUCUCCUUGCUUCUCUCUGGUGCAAUUGGUACUUGGAUUGCGUGCGGUGGCCCCUACUACCUCAUCUCGAUGGCUUUUGCAGCCGCGAACAUGUUUGUUCUCAUCCGCCUGUUUGCCGGUAUUGCUUUCACAAUGGCCAGUGGCUUGAUUGGAUUUGUGGCUAUCUCUGGUGUCCGUGGUCCUAAAGCUGGUAUCGUCUUUUACCUAUACCUGGUUGCUCUGACGAUCUAUUUCUCGACAUUCGCUUCUCUUGCAAGCUUCAGUUAUCCCGGUUCAAGCUUUUUGUCCGGUCGCAAGCCAAUCAUUUACUGUAUCCCCAUUCUUUUCGUCUCGCCUAUCCUCACCACUUUCACUGGACAUGACUCGAUUGUCUACCUUGCUAUUAUCUACGUCUUCAUCGGUGUGCUCUUGCUUUGCCUGCGCGACGUUACCUCCAAGUGGGUUACCUGGUACCAGAACAUCCGACGCACCGAUGAUACUGAGAUUCGCAAAUGGUACAUUUCCGCUCAUGGAAACGAUGACGAGAAGGUGUUCGCUGGAUUAAGUGACCCCGCUGCCCUCAAACUUGCAAGAGAAGCCCUAUCGAAAGAGGUCAUGGCUGAGACCAACCGUGGUAUGUUUUCAAAACCAUCCAAAGAUAAGUUGGUUGUCGAGCUCUCCCGAGACUGGGAGUCUACCAACUUCCUGCUUGAUUGGUAUUGUCGCUAUGCAGAUGUUCCUCGUCCUAUUGCAUUCAGCUCUGGCUGGAACAUCCAGACAAAGGUCGCCCUCGACACUCUGCGUAACUCCCAGAAAGGUCUCCGUCUACACAACGCUUUUGUUCACUGGCGCCAGUCAAGCAAGGAAAUUGGCUGUGGUGUUCUAUACUUUGUAAUCGCUCUUCUGGACAAAUGGAUUCAGCUGCUGAGUGGUGACCGCAAUCUGAUUUGGAACGCUGCUAUUACCGACGCCAAUCGAUUGGCUGUGGGCUUCGCCCUCGCCUACUACCUGAUUGGAGCUGUGCUUAUUGACACGAAGGCCCAAGAGCUGCACGAUGCUCUUGGGAGUAAGACACCAACCACUGUCAAGUCUGCCAAGGACAUCCGUCUGGCUCUGAAGAAAGAAGUCCAUCUUCGUCGCAAGGUUUACUGGCGGGUUCUCCUGAGAUUCCUCUUAUGGCACGUGUGGAGUCUGGCCCUCGCCACUGCUCUGAUCUGGUCAUUCCAAGAGUCGCGCGAUGGCUUCAUCAUUUUCUUCUGCUACAUUUUGGCCUACAGCGGCUUGAUCUGGUAUCAAUAUACAAAGAUCUUCACCGGUCCCCAUGCUCUCAAGCCUCUCAUCACGGGUAUUUGCGUUGGAUUGCCAGUCGGAAUUGCACUCAAAGUCACCCAGCCUGGAUGGCCGUACUCAUCGAUCAUUGGUCUUGGAGCUGCCACCUGGAUUGUUGCCAUCCUGUCAUUCUGGAAUGCCAAGAUGGGUAUGCCAAAGAAGGUAGACUCCCCCGUUGAACUUGGGAGGACCUUCCAUGCAUUCACCACCCCAUGGUCAGACCCCGAGUGGUCUCAGCAAGAACUCCAAACUUUCUUCGAAAACUACUCGCUGCUCCCUAGUGAUUCAAGGUUCAGAUUGAGCCCUGCGGUUCAUCCUGGUGUUGAGAUUAAGAGCGCCAUGCUGUCUCGCAGAGAAGAGCUCAGGAUCGAAGAAGCUUUCCCAUUCUCGAAGAACAUCGUGAACUCCGCCAUUUCAUCUUGGGAAAAGGGUGAUGUUAUCAUUGAACUUGUCUCUCCUGGAUCCUUGGGUCCUGGGAUUCGUGCUCUGAGCUGCAGCACCGGCAGCCAAUUGAAGUUGGCCAUCACCGUGGGAGGUCUUCUGGACGAGCGUCUCGAUAUUAGCGCAAACUGCCAAGUUAUCGCUGAGACCCUGCUUCAUGCUGUCACUGAGCUGAUGAUGGGGGUCCCUCAUGAAUACGCUUCUCUCGCAGGAUCGAUUGUCUCGGGUGGUGUCACCCACACGAUGGCUCGACAGCUUCGUGAGGAAGCCAAUACCACCACCGUCGUCCGAUGGGCCAAGAAAGAACUUCUCCGUCAGUUGUGUCUCGGAUUCGAGGCAGAUCUUCACUGGGACAAGCUCCCGAGCGAAGUCCGGGAUGUGUUGCUGAAGCGUUGCUUGGGACAACAGUGCAGUCUUUCGAACAGCCAACGACAGUGGCUUCAGCGCAACCUUUGCAACUUUGAUACCGAUGACCUUGACAUUCACGUCGCUCGCUGCAACCUCGGCGCUGCUACUGCGAUUAGUGUUUUGGACUACGCUCAUUGGGGAACUGGUGAAGCCGCUCUCCCUAAAGAGCCUGAGACGUCGAAGUACAUCUCUUAUGUCCCCCGCAAGCUUCCAAUUGCUUUGUCGAUGAUCAGGUCCCCAGCCAGUUACAUCUAUCACACGCUGGGAACUAUGGUGAAAUUCUUCGUCGUGGCUUUGGUCGCAGAUCCGGAAUUCCAGCGAGAAUUCAAUCAUGUCACUCAGGACCUCCCAUCGGCGAUCCGGGUGCCCACUGUCUUCGUGAUGAACAUGAUCUGGGUUUACUCCAAGAUCAUGCAGGAUUUCUUCUUGUCGUUCUUCUUGUUCCACGGUCGCCAGAACGUCAAGCGUCUGUGGGAAGAAACCAAAGGAAUGACGAUUCACAUCAAGAAAAGCCGAGUCAUCGUUCAGAGUCUGGAUGGUACCUUCACAGCUUUUAGACAUCAUGAAAUUGAUGGUGGUUUCAAGAUCUACCACUAUGCCGGUGAGCACAAGACCGAGCCCAAGGAGGUCAAGUCUCUUAAGUAUGUCAGCACCUACUCGGGUGAAAUGCUGCUUCUCGUCAAGCAGGAGUUCAAGGACGGAAAGGUCACCAACGAAUACCACUACGACUAUGCUUCUCCAGGCAAGAAGGGCUUCAAGCUCGGCAAGAAAUCAUCUUCUCGCAUCCCCUUGGGACGUCGUUGCGUGUCAGGAUCAAACCACCUCCAAAGCGUUCAGUACAACCGCAAGGGUCUCAUUGAAUCCGGUUCGUACAUGAAGGACGGCAAUCUCAUUCGCUUCAAGUACCACUAUCGCAAGAACCCUCGCUUCGGUGAUGAACUGUUGCGUGCCGAGUUCGUAUUGUCUCACAUCAGUUGCACAGUAUCUUGGUGUGCAGCUCCACGUCGUCACCCGGAGAAGGUUGAGCGUUGGAUUCCUCAUUCCAAGGUCACGGAAGCCAGUUUCGUUCAAGGAGCCGAUGUUUACGAGAGCCGCUGGCUUUACGAUCACAAGUUCCAUCCCACGAUCUUCACCACUAUCAACGGACAGAAGAUCCAGACCCCGCCUAUGAUUGAGCAUGAUUACCUCGGUGUCCUGGCCAAACCCAAGUACACCAGCUUUGUGCAUGACAAUCCCUUCUUCUACUGCGACAGCCUCCAAUCGAAUCUCCUUACCCGAACCCUGGGAUUGACUAAGAAGCGGUUCGUGGUCUCGACUUCCCGUGCUCGCUCGUUGAUGUGGAAGGCAUGGAAGGAUCGUGUGGACUUCGAUGCCAUUAUUGUUCGCUGGAUGGAUGAUCGCAUUCUGCGCAGAGACAAGGUUCUCACUCCUUACUGGCGCAGCCGUGACUGGGGCAAUCUUGGAUCUGCAAAGAAGUACAUGGAUCUUCGAGCUGAUGCGAUCAUGGCCAGUGCCGAUUUGGACGACAAUAUUUCCUCCUGGACUCCCUUGGCUGUGAAGAUUACUGACUUGCUCAAUUUUGGACCUGGUGGUGACGCUGUUGUCAACACUCGCUCAAAGAACUUCGGUACUGAUACUGACAAGACGCUCCAUGUCAUGGCAGCCGACAAUGGUACUUGGCCUAACGAAGGUGGUGGUGUCUCUGCCUGUCGUCGUGAUAUGAUCAACUCCCUGCGGACCAUCAAGUGGCACAUGAUUUGCGAGUCGGCCAACGACUUUGGUGUUCCUAAGCAUCAAACUGAACAGAACAUCCAGUCUCUCAAACUCAUCCCCCUGUGGGGUAUGGACUUCUUGACGCCGACUCACGGUCUCUUCCAUAACAAACUGGAUGCCGAGGUUGACAACGUUACUUCUGCGAGCGAGUUCGACAUCAAGAUGAACUUCAUUCCGAUUCUUACUGCUCUUGUCAAGGGUGCACGCGCGGUUCAUUUGUCCAAGUCCGAUAUUCACCAAGCAACCCGCGCCCUGGUCAACCUGAACACAUACUUCCAGGAAUCCCGUCACUGGACUCAAGUCUGGAACAGUGAUAUGGUGAAGCAGAGUUGGCGUGAUCUGUGGCUUACCCAGGAGAUGUCCAACACGAUCCCUUCGUCCGAAUGGUUCGACACCGAGCUUCCCACCCUGGCAGCCCUUGAUGUGGCUCUGGAGCUAUGGUACCGAUACCUGUUCAUCUUCUCGAUUCCGGUCCCUGAGAAGAUUCCUUCGACUUUCCAAGCCUCGCACCACAGUGUCAGUGCCUCUUACGGUGUUGUUUGCAAGAUCAAGCGCAACUGUACUCUCCAGAUUUGGGACCACGCCAUCAGUUGGCGCGAGACCAAUCUGUGUUUGUCGUCUGCUCUUUGCAAGCUUUCGCCCUUCGUUCGAAACGCUCUUCUUGGAUUGAUGCGUAUCACCUCCGUCUUGACUCUGCAUCAUGCCGAUAUUAUCCUCCCUUGUGCCGAUUUCUUCAAUCCCCGUUGGGAAGUCGAGAUUGGUACCAGCCAGGGAGCUAUUGAGCAUCGCAACACAUUCCGCCGAAAGAUCGAUCCUGUCGUCAACGGUAUCACCGACAUGCAGAAGUUCGCCCCCGUUAAGGAGAUCAAGUCUGAGCGUCCCACCGUGACUAUGUUGUCUCAUGUGUGGUACGCCAAGGACAUCAAGACUGCUCUCCUGGCAGCGGAUAUCAUCAUCAACCAGUGGAAGUUUGACGAGUACCACCUUGACAUCUACGGUGCUAUUGACAAAGCCCCUACAUACUCAACUGAGUGUCAAGAAAUCAUCGCAUCAAAGGGUCUUCGCGGCAAAGUCACACUCUGUGGAACUGCAGACCCCAUGAAGGUUCUGGAGAAUACAUGGCUCUUCUUGAACUCGUCUCUGUCCGAGGGUCUCCCACUCGCUCUGGGAGAAGCUGCUCUCACUGGUGCGCCGGUCGUCUGCACAGACGUGGGUGCCUCACUAAGAGUUCUGAGUGAUCCAGAUGAUUUCUCCCGCUUCAGUGCUGUCGUAGCCCCCAAUGAUGCUCUUGCUCUUGCCAAGGCUCAAAUCGGCAUGCUUGCGAUGUUGGGUGAAUGGAGCAAGCACAGCGAAGACACAUCGCCUGCGCCAGUCCUCACUUCCGCUCCCACUGCAGAAGAGGUAGCAGCAAUCACUCGUCGCAUGUACGAGAAGAGCGAACACCGUCGCAAACUCGGCAUGAUGACUCGCAAGAUUGUGCAAAAGUCAUUCAGUGGCGACCGAUACCUCCGUGAGCACGAGCAGAUGCUCUGGAUUGGCAAGUCUGCCAAGAUGAUGGCCAGUCGCGCAGCAGGCGAUCCAAUCGAGCCCGAGGACGUGGCAGCCGCUAUCGAGACCGGCGUCGACGAGGAGAUUAUCACGAUCCCCCGUGGCGCAGUGCACUCGUGGCGUUCCUCUGCCCAAUCCGGUAUCUCGACACUUUACAGCUCUGCGUCUCAGAUGCCCGGUCGUGGUGGCUACCACCGUCCUAUGUCGGAUGCUUCUUUCAUGAGCAUGAGCAACAUCUCUACGGAUACCGAGUCCUUCGCUCGCUUGCCUGUCUUCGCCCCGAGACAGUCUAUGAUGUCCAUCAGUAGCUCUCCGGGCAACAAAUCGCCCAUGUGGACUUCGAACCAGAGACUUUCUACCCUCAGUCCCCGUCCACACAAUCACUCCCGCGCUAAUUCCUACGCACGCUCAGUCUCGACCGCUGGUCGGGAACAGCUGCGGGGUCUACAACGUGAGGACUUCGCUCCAUACCGCAAUUCGGAUGUCAGCCUUGCCAACAGAGAAGACUUCAUGAAGGCUGGCGGGCUGACUCCCCGUGGUGAGGAGUAA